GGGGCAGGGUCCGGCGUGGAGCGGCGGGGCGCGCAGAGGCCAUGCUGCGGACGGCGUCGUGGCCGCGCUGGGGCCGGACCCUGCUGGCCCGGGGGCUGGGCUCACGCCGCGGAGGCUCCGCUCCCGACCAGAACGGAAAGGUGUCUGAGAUUAAGAAGAAGAUCCAGUCAGUCCUUCCCGGAGGAGCCUGGAAUCCACUGUACGACACCAGCUACCUGCCUCCUGAACACUCGGAUGUGGUGAUUGUGGGGGGUGGGGUGAUUGGCCUGUCUGUGGCCUAUUGGCUGAAGAGGUUGGAGAAGCCACGAGGUGCCAUUCGGGUGCUGGUGGUGGAACGGGACCACACGUACUCCCGGGCGUCCACCGUGCUUUCUGUGGGCGGCAUUCGCCAGCAGUUCUCCGUGCCCGAGAACAUCCAGCUCUCCCUCUUUUCCAUUGAGUUUCUACGCAACAUCAAUGAGUACCUGGCUGUAGUCGAUGACCCUCCCCUGGACAUCCAGUUCAACCCCUCAGGUUAUCUCUUGCUGGCUUCAGAAAAGGGUGCCGCACUCAUGGAGAGCAACGUGAAGGUGCAGAGGCAGGAAGGAGCCAAAGUUUGCCUGAUGUCUCCUGAGCAGCUUCGGAACAAAUUUCCCUGGAUAAACACAGAGGGCGUGGCUUUGGCGUCUUACGGGAUGGAGCACGAAGGUUGGUUUGACCCCUGGUGUCUGCUUCAGGGACUUCGGCGGAAGGUCCAGUCCAUGGGGGUGCUCUUCUGCCAUGGAGAGGUGACACGUUUUAUCUCUUCGUCCAACCACAUGGAGACCAGGAGCGGGGAAGAGGUGACUUUGAAAAGGAUCCAUGAAGUCCAUGUGAAGGUAGACCACAGCCUGGAGUACCAGCCCGUGGAAUGUGCCAUCGUGAUCAACGCAGCGGGGGCCUGGUCUGGCCAGAUCGCACAGCUGGCUGGUAUCGGGAAGGGGCCACCGGGCACCCUGCAGGGCACCAAGCUACCUGUGGAGCCGAGGAAAAGGUACGUGUACGUGUGGCACUGCCCCCAGGGACCGGGCCUGGAGACCCCGUUCGUCAUAGAUCCUAGUGGGGUCUAUUUCCGCCGGGAAGGACUGGGCAACAACUAUCUGGGCGGCUGUAGCCCCACCGAGGAGGAGGAACCGGACCCAGGGAACCUGGAAGUGGACCAUGAUUUCUUCCAGGACAAGGUGUGGCCCUCUUUGGCCCAGAGGGUACCAGCUUUUGAGACUCUGAAGGCUCGGAGCUCUUGGGCUGGCUAUUACGACUACAACACCUUUGACCAGAAUGGUGUGGUGGGUCCCCACCCACUAGUCAUCAACAUGUACUUUGCCACGGGCUUCAGUGGCCAUGGACUCCAGCAGGCCCCUGCCGUGGGCCGAGCCGUGGCGGAGAUGGUGCUGCAAGGCCACUUCCAGACUAUCGACCUGAGCCCCUUUCUCUUCAGCCGCUUUUACUUGGGAGAGAAGGUCCAGGAGCACAAUAUCGUCUGAGCCGUAAGCUCUCAGAUGGGCCCCGCUGCCCCAUCCGUCAGCCUUGGCCCACAUGCACAUUUUCCUCACCAUGGCUUUCCCCAGCACUAACCCAGGCUCUCCUGUCCCCACACCCUGCUCAUCCGGCGGCGGGGCAGGCAGGCAGACCGACGGGCUUUGAGGCACUGCACCUGAGGCCCAGGCCAACAGAGUGAUGGGUGAGACUGCACGACCCACCGAAGUAGUACAGCUGGACUACUAGUAUACCUGACCAUGUGACCGAGACCGGCUCCUUCCUGGUACCCAGGCAGGGAGCAUUCGGGCAGCCUGGCCCGGAUGUAGUGACUGUCUACCCUAGUCAUCAAGCAAUAAAUGUGAUUACUCUUGC